CGUGGGCAUACUGUUGUAUACGUGUUUGUGUAGUAAGAGCAUGCUUCAAACGAGUAGGGCAUGGCUGUCCAGAUCAAGAACGACUACAGCACGUGAAGCACGACGAAUCCUACACGGUGGCAACGGAGUCAGUGCACUUCCGUCGCGCACAAUACAUACUCAGAAAUGUAGAUCAGUCAUAGCAUCCGACAGUCUCAUAUCACGGCGGUCGAAAUUGAGCCCGAUUUAUGCGUUUAGUAAUCCCUACUUGAAUAUCAGUACAUACUCCCUGGCAAGCACGCACGCGUGGAUCAAUUAUGGCUUAGCUUCACGCACAUACUCAGCAGCAGCACAGGCUGUGGUUGAUGAGAAGAUUAAAGAAAAGAAGGAGAGCGUGGAUGAGGUCUUAGAAGCUGGCCUUCCGCCAUCUAAAGUAGUUAAUAGUGAGGAAAGAUUAGCAAAACGAAAGAAGUUUCUGAAGAAUCUGAAGGAGAGGUAUUCGACCAUGAACAAAGAAAGAGCCGAGGAAGCGAAGCGAGAGCGUUUGCAAAAUACCAAUGGGAGACUCUCGAGAAUGUGGAAAAGCCUUGUGCACGGCUUUCACCACACCGUCGACGGCUUUAAGCUCCUCGCUACCAAUGUCCGGAUUACUGCAGGGAUUCUGAAGAAGCUGAAUACGGGCGAAGAUCUCCUGCGACGCGAACAGCGUAUGCUGAUGAUGACCACGGUGGAUCUGAUCCGCAUGGUGCCAUUCUCACUCUUUAUCAUCAUCCCUGGGGGAGAGCUACUGCUUCCGGUGGCAUUGAAGCUGUUCCCGCAAAUGCUACCGUCGACCUUCGACGAGAAGUUCCCUGAGGAUGAGUACUUCUCAGAGGUGCCCGACCAGCUGAGGCACAAACGAAUGUUGGCGUUACACUUAUGUGAGGAAGCAAACUUGGCACACUGCCCGAUUGGCGAAGUGAAAGAGGCUCUGAUGCGCGUUAGGCUGGGGUCUUCGCUGACUGUAAAUGACAUACGCCUGGUCGCACCGCUGGUCAAAGGCCGGAUCACCUUGCCCAAACUAGUCUCGGAGCCGAAUCUGAUCCACAGUUUGUCUGUCUUACUAGAUUGUAAAACUACAGGAUCGCCGGAUGCCAUGGCGACACGAAUCCAGAAGAAAAUGGCUGUCCUAAAAUACGACGACAAGAUGUUAUAUGUCGAAGGUAUCGACGAUUUAUCGCGGGUCGAGCUCGUAGUUGCCAAUAGAAGGAGAACUCUAAGGCAUUCGCUGAUAUCUACGGAAGCCCUACAGCAACAACUGAAGUGGUGGGUCGAGUUAUCGAUCGACCCGAAAGUGCCAAAUCUGUUGCUCUUGUUCAUGGCCCCUAAUGCUAAGCCAUCCAUCGAGAAAUCGCGUGUGAUGUAUGCAGAUACGGCUAUCUACAAUGCACUGGAUAAGCUGUUCCAAAAUGACGACGCAGAGAAGAAACUCGAUUCCUUGUCUUCGACUGUACCGAAGUCCUUCUUGACUCAGGUUCAAAUGUUACUGGACCAUUCGGACCGAGAUUUGAUGGCUGCGCGAGAGCACGACAAGGCAUCUCUCAAAGAAAAGCUGGAAACUAUUAGAGACGAAGAAAAACUCAUGAACGAGGAAAGAGCGGAGAAGAAGAAAGCGGAGGAAAAGGAGAAAGAUAUAGAACUGAAAGAGGAGUUGGACAAUAUCAGCGAGACGGUGGACACCGAGAGUGUGCAGGCUAAGAAAGGCGAUGAGAAAGAUAUCUUCUCGUCGAGCGGCAGUGGAAAUAGUGAAGUUGAUGAAGACAAAUUCGCGCACAAUGCUACCAAAGCUAGUGGAGUGCGACAUAGUAAGAGUAGUAGUGGCUCGAGUACUAGUUCUGCGCCCCCGAAAAUGGAGUAGUCGGCAGUAUCCAGGCAGAUGUGAUUUCUUUUGGUGACCUGAAGUCGACUCAAAUUUUCAUGCACCGAUGUGUAAAAGUUUGUGGAAUACUAUCUGCGCACCCUCGAAUUUGAAUCUCCCGGCAUACGAUGCGGGAGGUAAUCGUGUGCUUGUGGCGUGGUUGCAACCUUGGUUGACAGGCAAAAGAGUGUCUUUAUAAGAGUAAAUGACACAUUUGACAUCUUGUUUCAAUACUAGUCGCCACGUGGGAACUGUAUAUUCUUUGUAUGCAACACUGACCACCGAACCACCCAGAGGCACUCGACAUAUCAAAUCGAUCACAGUCCGCAUUGUUAACCUCGGCGUACUUGAUGAACACCCAGCCGCAUUCUAUUGGAUGACCUCGCGUACAAACGAUCUAGCGUUGCAAACGUAUAAUGUGCUGGUGGUUCGAGGUUUACAUUGUAACAUUUGGUCUACGCAAAAGCUGCAAAUAUGCGGCAUAUCCAUUUACAAUGUGAUGAAUGAUGUGUAGAGUUGGUGCAUUAUUAAUACAUAAGGUUGCUUCUGUUUUAGCAGGGUACUGUAUCUGCAAUCCGCAUUAAAUUGAUUCUAAACCGA